UCUCAAGUGCAAUUACCAGAAGAUGUUGAUCAUAUUCCUUUUACUGCUGAUGCUCAGAGUGGGGCGAUGCACAGACAGUCUGAUCUUUGAGACGAAGACUGUUGGUGUUGGAGACAAUGUGACUUUGACGUGUACCCGCCAGACAUCUGAGCUCAGCACAAGCUUGUUUUGGAUCAGGUUAAUUUCUGGAGAUUUGCCUGAAUUCUUGGGAGGAACAUUUUCCUUUGAUUAUGAUGGUGUUAACAAGACUCCUCGCAUUACAGCAAAACAAGAGCCUGGAACAUUUCUCCUGCAUAUUAGUCAAACAAAGCUAAGUGAUACUGGAGUUUACUACUGUGUCAAAGUAAAACAACUUGACAUGACAUUUCUGAAUGGAACAUUUCUGAGAAUUAAAGGACCAGAACCUGAUGUUACUGCCGUCGUUCAAGUCCCUCCAUCUGAUUCAGUCCGUCCAGGAGACCCAGUGACUCUGCAGUGUUCAGUCCUCUCUGACUCUGAGAAGAAAACAUGUCCAGGAGAUCACAGUGUGUUCUGGUUCAGAGCUGGAUCAGAUGAAUCUCAUCCCAGUUUAAUUUACACUCAUGGAAACAGUGGUGAUGAAUGUGAGAAGAGUCCUGAGGCUCACUCUCCACAGAAAUGUGUCUACAACUUCUCUAAGAACAUCAGCUCCUCUGAUGCUGGGACUUAUUACUGUGCUGUGGCCUCAUGUGGAGAGAUAUUAUUUGGAAAUGGAACAAAUCUGGACACUGAAGUUUAUUCACAGAAAGAAAAUACAAUUAUCUAUCUGGUGUGCGCUGCUCUGGCUAUAAGUCUGAUUGUUAUAGCCUUCCUUGUUUAUGCCAUCGUGAAAAAAUCCUGUGAUUGUUGUAACGCUGCUGUCACUCUGCAAACAAAUGCUGCAACAGCCAGUGAUGGUCAGCAAAUUCAGCAAACAAAUGAGGACUCUUUGUUUUAUUCUACACCAAACUUUAACAGGAGGAAAGCUGGCAAAGCAGGCAAACGAAACGCAACAGCAAAGGAAGAGACGAUCUACACUGACGUCAGGGCUUUUGUGAUAUGAUCUAUGAUAUAAAUAAUGGAUUUAGUAAUGGAUGCUUAUGUAUGUUUUGUUGCAUAGUACGUGGAAAAGUACACUGCGGCAGCAGAGGUAGCACCUCAGAAGUUAAAUAAACUGAAAGAUGUUUUGUUCGUAACUUUGACAUUAUAUUUCUAUAUGUUUUCAAAGUGUUUGCAAACAAUUAAUAAUAUUUCUGAGAAAAUUAAACCACAUUUAAGUUACGCUUUUGGUGAGAUCCUGUAGCAUUGCGUAUCCCAUAUCUAUUAAAGUUAGUUUCAUUCAUCUUUAAAGACCCGUGAAGGAUUUUAACUGUUUUAAGACUGUUAACUGCCUCUGAAGACCUAUGUAUCCUAACAUAUGUAUCAAUGCAAUGCAAAAGAAUUUGUGAACAACAACUUGAUUAAUUUCAUGUGUGUACGUCUUGCUUCCUUUGUUAAUACAAACACUUCCACAUCUAUAAUGAACACUUCUUAAUUAAUUUACCGAAAAUGAAUUGGGUAUGUUUUUGUUUUUAUUUUGAAAAGACUUUUAGUUGCAGUCAUUGCAGGAAACAGAGUAAAAAAAGUGUGACCAAUACAUUGAAUAUCAUGGUACGUAAAUGUUUGGGUUAGGGAACAUCAACCUGGGGGGGAAUGCUAAUGAAUCAGGUUUUUUAAUUCUGAAACCUUGUUAAAUUUUAGUGGUUGUGAAUAUGCAAUUUAACUGUGUCUCCCUCUUUUUUCACCCCUAAAAGUAAAUGGUGAAUUGAUGGUGAGUGAAAUCCAUUGAAGCAAAAAACACUGUAUUGAAAAUGUUACGAGUUUCAAAUUAUGUAACUGGAGUAACAAAUGAUUUUUAUCGGGGUUCACUGCGCUCAGCUCUCCUAGAUGAAACCCUGGAAAACAGAAUCACGGAGUGAGUGAGUGAAAGAGCGAACCGCCAUCUUCGUCUCCAAAUCUCUGUCUCUUUAUUACAAAUUUCCAAAAUCACGGUAUAAAACAAUAAACAUUCCCCUAGUGUAAACAUG